UUAAAUAUAGGCAAGGAAAAGGGCCACUAUAAUUAGGAAAACCUUGGGUAAUUAGGCAUAUUUUGUAAGAACCCCUAUAACCCAGGCAAUCUGUGAAUCUGUCAAGAAGUAGACACAUAUUUUGGAGAUAAUUCUGACCAAAUGUCCCCUCUUGUCCCAAGAUGAUUUCUUUGUUCCUUGACACUCUGGGAACCUCUGAAGUGUUAGGUUGGUCAGAGGGCUUAAGAAUACCGUUUUCAGCAAUAGUCUGUAUGUAUUUUAAUAAAUUUAGUAUAUUUUCUAAGAUGACUUUACAAAAGGACUAUUUUAAUUAUCAAAUCAACAUGUUCAUAUAGAUUUUAGGAAUGGAAAUAAAUGGUUUAUGUCUUUGCUGGCUUGGCUUCAUUUUUUUCUUUUUUUUUUAAUGUCUGGAAGGGGAAAAUUAAGCUAUUUGAACAUACAGAUUUAUGUUUCUAGAGCCAGGUAAUUGCUUACAGAAAGCAGAGGGAGGAUCAGAAUGGAUUUUGAAAAGUUCAAGUCCAAAGACCUCCACUUGUAACAUUCAUAAAGCAAAAAGGAAGGAAACAUAACGAUUCUAACUCUCUUGAACAUGAAGACAGUUACUGUUAUGGUGAGGUUAGGAUAGUUACCUAAGGCCUUCUGAGCUCUAGAACAGGGAUCUCCUCCCUCUGCUGUCGCUCCAAAGUAGGGACCUCCUUAACCACCCCACUUCACUAUCGGUUAAGGUAGUCCAGUGAUUGAGAAAUAUGAAAAACCACAGGUUGACAUGCUGAAAUGUUAUCAGCAUGUUGAAAGGAAUGCCAUAUAGCACAAGGUACUAGGUACAUUCUUAUCAAUUCCCUCUUGUCUAAGUGGUGUGGCAAAGUUGAUCCUUUCUGUGGAGAAAUAAAUAAAUAAAAUUUCUUACAUUCCAUGAGUUCCCGAGCAAGUCUAAGAAGCCCUAAUUCCCGAAACUACAAGACCUGUCUUGACAUCAUGGCUGCCAUAGCACCUCCCCACUGCUUUCCUCCACAGGCCAGAAGAUACACGUUUGUGGUCAUUCCGACAGCCUGUGGAAGUGACCUAAGCCCGUGCAAAAUGGAAACCGGAAAAGAGAGAAAAAUGUCUUCAGAUAACCAGUGGUCAGCAGAUGGGGAGGAAAGCCCACUCUCACGACUGAUUAGGAAAUCUAGAGCCUCCCCUUUUGUCCCCGUAGGAAUAGCAGGCUUUAUGACUGUGGUGUCCUAUGGUCUUUACACGUUAAAGUACAGAAGGGAUCAGAAAAUGUCCAUUCAUCUUAUUCACAUGAGAGUUGCUGCCCAAGGAUGUGUUGUAGGAGCUGUGACUCUAGGUGUUCUCUAUUCUAUGUAUAAGGAUUACAUUAGACCUCGAUUCUUCAAUGUGUCCAAAAAAUGAAGCUACAUACAUACAAGACAAGAAGGCUUCUGAAAACUAUUUAUUCUGAAGAAUACAUUUUCAGUAUGUAGUAAAUUAUACUGCAAAAGUAUGAGACAGGAUUCGCAUAGCCU